AUGUCGUGGUUCCUCUUGUCGGUGUCGAUGGCGACAUUUCUCAUGGUCGCCACCUCCAGUAUUGGCCAUGGAAACACAAAGUUUCUGAUGGACAAUGUAUUGGUUCUGACAGUUCUCCAUGGUAGCGAGACAUCACGUGUUCUUCUGACGUGCGAGCAGGUCCACCAAGACCAAGAUGUGUUCUGGAAAAAAGAUGGUGAGAUACAACCGCACCUGAAGGGCCACCAGAUCAAUGUUGAAAUUUGGGAGGUGAACGGCGGAAACUUCAGUUGUCACUCGAGCUCCAGCGGACAAUACCUCAGCCAUACGCUGGUCUUAGUUCAGGUUCAGAAUGGAACAAUGGACAUUCUGGAGGGUGGGCGGUAUAAAGAUGCUCUUCACUGCUGGGCCUACAACUACAACGGAAGCUUCCACUGCAAAUGGACCCGUACCAGGAGCAGAAGCCAAGCUAAAGUUUUGAUGUUCAAAGCACAUCGGCAUUCAGAGCCUCUUCCCUGCCAGUUAGACUCAAGCACGUCAGAAGCGAACUGCCUGGACAUGAGUUGUUCAUACAGAGAAGAACAAAAACAUGUGCAUUUGUCGCUCCACAUUUUCAACGCGUACAAGCUAGAGGUGUACACCAAAGCUUUCUACCUGAGGGACAUUGUGAGGCCAGAAGCUGUUCCUGGAUUGCAUUCCGUCGGUGCCAAGAAGUUCCAGUGGGGCUAUCCCGAAUCCUGGCAGAGACCCUGCACCUUCUUUGGGCUUACCUUCCAGGUCAAGUUGGUUGAUGGUGACGACUCCUGCAGCACCAACUCAUUUAUCUCGACGGCCGAGACGGACGCCAGCAGCUAUGUAGCGGACGUUGAUGUCAGCGACUUUGGUUUCUGUGUUCGUGCUCAAGACAAACACACGCGCGGGCUUUGGAGCCAUUGGAGCUCAUGCAGGGCUUCAGAGUGGCUGAGACAGCGCAAGUCAUUGGUGCCUGAUUAG